CGGUAUGGGUUGACACCGACGGAAAGCAAGCUUGCCAACGCGUGGCCAUCUGUUAUUCAUAUGGCAGCAUGCUAUCAAGUUUAGAGAUGGCACACUUUUCACUUUCUAUUGUCGUGUGUGAUAUAGCUAGCUAUGUAGUUCCUAUAGCUAGUUAGUGCUUGGUAGUGUAACGUUACUGCUGUUGUUUUUUGUCAGUAGUGAUUGUUUUAGCUAACUUAAGCUUGUUAGCUAACGUUAGGGGAAAUGGCAGAGUUACUGCAAAGAUGUAACGUUUUGAAAUUUGGUUGGCGACUCCUGAAGUCAAGUCACGCAGGAGCAGGCAAACAACUGUAUAUCUCAUCACAGAGUUCCAGCAAUGGCCACAACUUGUUCGGGCUUCUCUUCGACAUCGAUGGGGUGCUAGUGCGGGGCCGCACACCCAUCCCUGCAGCCAAACAGAUCUUUAGGAGCUUGGUGGACAGGAAGGGGAAGUACAAAGUGCCUGUGGUGUUUGUGACAAACGCAGGGAACUCUAUGAGGCAGACCAAAGCUGAACAACUGUCGCACCUGCUGGAAGUGGAGGUGUCUCCAGACCAGGUGAUGCUGUCCCACAGUCCUUUGCGUAUGUUCAGUCAGUAUCACAACAUGUGUGUGCUGGUGUCAGGCCAGGGCCCAGUGCUGGAGGUGGCUCACAAUCUGGGAUUUCAGAAUGUUGUGACCAUAGACAUGCUGAGGGAUGCCUAUCCGCUUCAGGACAUGGUGGAUCACAACAGAAGACCCAAAGACAUGGUUCCACCAAGUAAAGAUUUACCCCCGAUAGAAGCCAUCAUUCUGUUUGGUGAGCCAGUCAGAUGGGAGACCAACCUCCAGCUAAUAAUGGAUGUGCUCUUAACCAAUGGGAAGCCUGGGAAUCCCCUGACAACACUGCAGUACCCCCACAUUCCAGUGCUGGCCUGUAACAUGGACCUGAUGUGGGUGGCUGAGGCCAAGAACCCCAGGUUUGGUCACGGUAUGUUUCUGGUGUGUCUGGAGAGUCUGUAUAAGAAGGUGACUGGCUGUGAGCUGAAGUAUGAAGCUCUGAUUGGAAAGCCCAGUGUGGUGACUUAUAACUAUGCUGAGCUGCUCAUCAGACAGCAGGCUGAGAGUCUGGGCUGGACUGAACCUGUGGAGAGACUCUACGCCAUUGGUGACAACCCCAUGGCAGACAUCUACGGUGCCAACCUCUACAACCGCUACCUACAGUCCUGCCACCGCACCCGAGCCCUGAUGCAGCUCGGGGGGGGGAAGCCUCAGAGCCAACCCCUGGAGGACCCCCACGAAAUGACCUGUGCUGAGAUGGGAGGAGUUACAGGGGCGUACGGGGGCGAGGAGCCCCUCCCCGUGGGGUGCAGCUCCAUCCUGGUGUGUACGGGGGUGUACAGCCGGGACCAGCAGGAACUGCCCCCUGACCCCAGGCAUUCUGUUACAGAGCAUCGGAUCUUCCACGGUCACAGGGACUUCCGCUUUGACCCCAACCUGACCCAGCCAUCCUUCAUGGUGCAGGAUGUGAAGGAGGCUGUGGAGCUGGUGUUCCAGCAGGAGGGAUGGCCUCUGGAGUAGGGGCCCGAGUCUCAAUACUGCUCUGUCCCCUGGUCACAGCACUGCUCUGUCCCCUGGUCACAGCACUGCUCUGUCCCCUGGUCACAGCACUGCUCUGUCCCCUGGUCACAGCACUGCUCUGUCCCCUGGUCACAGCACUGCUCUGUCCCCUGGUCACAGCACUGCUCUGUCCCCUGGUCACAGCACUGCUCUGUCCCCUGGUCACAGCACUGCUCUGUCCCCUGGUCACAGCACUGCUCUGUCCCCUGGUCACAGCACUGCUCUGUCCCCUGGUCACAGCACUGCUCUGUCCCCUGGUCACAGCACUGCUCUGUCCCCUGGUCACAGCACUGCUCUGUCCCCUGGUCACAGCACUGCUUGCCAAGUCGAUUAACAGCAGCUCAAUGUCUGGGUCUCUGAGGCUGUGUUUACACAGGCAGCCCAAUUCUGAUUUAUUUUAUCUUUUUCAGAGCUGAUCCGAUUGGUCACAAGACAUGAGUGUCAAGAAAAUCUAAAUUGUGCUGCCUGUGUAAACACAGCCUCUCUUUGGUUAGGACAGGGUCUAAUAGUUGACAUAGAGGUUUCUUGGUCACAGAGGGGUCUAAACGUCCUCCUCAACCGCCUCACUCGGCCAUGCUAGUACAGUCACUCAUACAGCGAAUUACAUCACACGUCUAGAAUGUCCGUGCACAUUUACCAUACUGUACUGCCGUUGAGAUUUCCUAACUUUUACAUUUCUGUUAUGUGUCCUGUUCUACGGAGUGUAGCAUGCUGACUAGACCUGCCAAGUUCCGUGCACGAGCAUUGCGAAAUGAAUGUAUGCAUGUUAUUCAAUCAUUUCAUCCAAACUGCACGCGGGUGUCUGCGUAGUCAGGUGCUAAACAUAGAACUUUCAACUCGCUGAAUGUGAUGUUAACUAGGUUUCCGCUUUUGUGUUUUAAUUGUCGACUUUUGUAUUUCAAAUGUGUCAAUUCUACAAUGAUCCACAAAAAAAAUACCUUAUUUAUUUUUGCGUAAACUAACCCAAUAUUUAUUUCCCAGAACAAAUUGGCUAGCGAAAUGUCUCAUGUGUUUCGACCUGUCCCCAAAUGAAUAUAAUUGAUUUUGGUAUUUUAAUCUGCGUGUCAUGAAUGCGUCUGGUGGGGAGAAACAAAAUCAACAUGUGCACGAUGAUGUAAUGCUGUCUGUUGUGGCUAUCAUGACUGUUUCUGGCUUGAUGAAUAAUAUUCUUAGUGGACUGAAUACAUAAAAUACACUGAUAGGCCAUUUUACUUUACUGUGAUGGGUUAGCUUUUACAAUAUAUUUAUCUGUCUGCCAUGUCUAUCCAGACUUGUUACAGGAACAACUUCAUGCAAGUGACCAGUUUAAGUCCAGGAAUGUCCUUUGAUGGACUUCUUUGAUGCAAGGCUAGUUGUUCCAUUUACCAUGAACUAAACAGGUGCUACAUAUCUGGCUGUGUUCAAGUAAGGUUUGGAGCGUCUUUCAAUAGCCAUUAUCUUGUGAAGGCAGGCCGUUGUGGGGAUGUAAAGCAUUUUGUGGUAUUUAAAAAUAUAUAUUUUUAUGUGAUUGUUAUGGAGUGUUUUAUGCAGGGAUGUCAACAUUUUUAGCUAUGUUCAAUUGGCCAAAGGUUCUGAGGGAAAGAUGUGACUGUGGAAUUGUCAUAAAUGCAACACUGUAUUUGACGAAUUGAAGGACAAUAAAGUGUUCACUGAAACCA